AUGUCCAAAGACUCGAACAAAAACAGAUAUCAAACAAUAGAUGGUACCUACAAGCUGAUCAGUUCUCUCCCCCCACCCAAACACGGCCACAUGGUUCAUGUUAUGGACAAGUUCACUGCUUCAGAACUUGAGGGCACCAUCAUCCAUGAACCAUGGAUACAAGUUAGCUCUCCUCAGAGCCUUGGUUAUGUUACAAAUAUUAUCUUCGAGUCCUUCAGAGAUACAUUUACCUCCAUAGCUCCCAGCUAUUCCACCUCCUUCAACCAGGGUGGCUUGUCAGAGGACAGCCUGGUCAGCCUAUACAACAAUGAUAGAAAGCGCUGGAACUGGGAGCUUCAUCCACCCCCAGGCUCUGAUUCACCUCCCAAGCAACCUGGGCCACUUGCCUCAGAGCUGCCAGUAGAAUCGGAAAAGCUCUGCUUUGAAAAUCUAUCCAGCAAACCCCAGCAUCAAUGGAUGGCAGACUGGAGCAGAACCAGCUUGCAAGGUUCUACAGUAUCCCUUGAUGAGAUUAUGUGGUUAAGUCCCAAAGUCAUCACUGAGUACUCAAAGGAGUCUUUCAAGCCAGCAUCCCACCUUGGGAAGAUGAUGGACACUAAGGCAUAUCUAACCCUUGUCGACCAGCCCUGGAGGCACUAUGUCCUUGGAUUAUCAAUUACUGAUAGUGAACUUCAACUUCACUUUUAUGACCACUCUGGUGGUGCAAUCUCACCCUCUAUCAAUAUCCACACUGAUGCAGAAGUCUUCAUAUACAUUUCAGGCAUCCUCCCCAGUGGAAACUCACUCCUGACUCCUGCAUCACCCAAACACAUCCCAGCAAUUGGGAGGAUCCAAGUAAACAAGACCUUCUACAAGGUGCUCAAUGUAUUAUUCUUGAGCACAGGCUUUCUAGGAAGGGGUACUGUUUGUUACCUUGCAUGCUACAAUGGGGAAUACUAUGUCAUCAAGGAUUAUUGGGUGGAGGAGUCAGAGCAGAGGACAGCCCUGCAUGAAGUCAACAUGAUGAAGCUGGUCCACAACAUUGACAGAGUUCCCAAGUUGCAACACUACUGGGUCAUCAAGGUUGAGCUGGGCAUUCAGGCUCUCGAGAGGGGUGUCCUCCAUCGAGAUUGUAGCAUCAACAAUGUGAUGAUUGAGGACUUUGCAAAUGGGUUGCGCAGCUUUCUCCUCAACUGGGAAUUUGCUGUAUGGGUCACGUUACAGGGGGAAUAUGACUUGGGUGGCACAGAAGCCAUCACUAAAAGUGGAAAGACUAAUGUCCCAUUGAUCUGGAAAAGCGCCUCUCUCACCUGUGUAUUCAUCGAUCACCCUACUACUAUACACCAUACAUUUGCAGACGAUAUCAAAUCCCUGUUCUACAUUUUCAUCUGGAUCCUCAUCCUUUAUGAUGGGCCACUUGGCCAUGAGCAUCAAGAUAUCAGCCAUGAAAGGACACUUCUUGGCUUGUGGAGUGAAAAGGUGGCUGAAGAUCUCAAAAUCGCCAGAUGCACCAAGUUCACAUUCCUUAAUGACCCAUCCAAAUCGAGGCUGGAUUCUGAGGUCUCACAAUAUUUUCAAGAUCUAAUCCCUCUGGCUAAUGAGUGCAUGCCAUACAAGAAACCACUAGAGAUGACAAAUGCAUUCCAGCAGAUCAUUGCCCAGCACAAGGCGCUUAAUUCAAGCAUGCAUCCAAGUCAGGAGAACGAUAUGGAUGUUAUGUCUUUGGCAAUUAUGUCUUCUAAACACCUUUGUGAAGAGAUGUCCACCAGGGCUGCACAUGCACUUUCUAACCCAUUCCCAUCGAAAUCUCACGACCUCAACCUCUCCAUAACAGAGGCACUCGUCACUGUUGUCAUUGAGUGGAAUCAACAUGGUGUGCAAUUUGAAGAUGGUUACUGGCCUGACCACAAGCAAGAUAUGGCAUGCCUCAUGAGUAGUCCUGUCUUUUGGUUACAGCUACUGACAUACUGCCAGUAG